AUGGAGACGGCGGAGCAAAAGGAACUCCGUCGAGUCGCAUUUUUUGCGAUUGUUGUCAGCACAGUGGCGGUGAUCGCUGCAGUUGUCACACUACCCAUGCUCUACAGCUACGUAGCCAAUUUCCAGUCUCACCUCAUUAUCGAGACCGAUUUCUGUAAGACCCGUGCUAGAGACAUGUGGGCUGAAAUUCACCAUAUCGAUGGACCAGAGUUCACUCGCGCCAAGCGUCAGUACGGCUCCUCGCCGAAUCCUCCACUCUCGGCGCCAGUUGUAGGCGGCUAUGGGCAACCUCCAGUGGUCAACAAUGAACCUAACCCCACAUGUUGCCCUUGUCAGCAGGGUCCAGCUGGGCCGCCUGGUCCACCUGGUGACGAUGGUGAGGAUGGACCAGAUGGACUGCGAGGAAGUGAUGGCAACAGUGGGAAGGACGGCAGCAUGUUGGAAUCUGCUAUCAACAACGAUGCAUGCGUUAUCUGUCCACCAGGGCCACCAGGACCACAAGGAAUGGCUGGUGCUAAAGGGCCUCAGGGCCCGAAAGGAGCUCCUGGCAAAAACGGCGAUGAUGGCAAACCUGGAUUACCGGGCAUGCAAGGUCCCAUGGGAAUGAUGGGUAUGCCAGGCAGGCAAGGUGUUGCUGGACCUAAAGGAGCUCCUGGUAGAAUCGUACAGGUAAAUGGCCCAGCUGGCCCAGCCGGCCAUAAAGGGCCGCGAGGACCACCAGGACCACGCGGUGAGGCUGGUCUAGACGGUGCAAGUUUGGAAGGACCUGCUGGACCUCCUGGCUUACCAGGACGUCCCGGACCACCUGGACAGCCCGGUCCACAAGGGCCAGAGGGAGCACGGGGAGCUCCAGGCGAGCCGGGCACAUGUGAACAUUGUCCUAUACCACGCACUCCACCUGGAUAUUAA